AUGUGUUGGUAAGUUCCCGGAUGAUAUUGUUUUCAUUGGAUGCAAAAGUGCCCCAAGCAGAAAAGAGAUGUCUAUGACUAUUGGAUGGAUUUUGUGAAAUGUUGAUUUCAUUUCGAGACCAGUUGCUAUAAAAGGCAGAAAUAUGGAAAAUGGAGUUGAUCAAGAGGAAUUUGAAAAAUAUACUCCAAAAAACCCACUCCCACAUGAAAUCCAGAAGAUGAAACGUGACGAGACUGUUUGUAAAUACUGUGGUGUUAGUUAUUUAAUUCAUAAUGAGAUUAAGGCCCUGGAAGAGAAACUGAAAAAGACAGAAGCUGAAUUAGAAACACUGAAAGGAUGUGAGGCAAGAGAGGAAGAAUUAAAAGAAAGAAUAGAAAAAAUGAAAGAGGAAAACACCGACAUAAAACGAAAUCUGGAAGCCAAAGAAAUCCUUAUCACAACAUUGAGGAAUAACUUGAAAAGUGAAGAGGAAGUCAGAAAUGAAAAUAAACAGUUGAAGGUCAAAGUUGAAACUGCAAUGAAACUGAAAGAAGAAUACAGACAAAAGCACUCCCUGUAUGACAGAAACCUUCCAGCAGUGAGAAUAAAAUUAAAAGAGCAGCGUGAAGAGAUAAAUGAUAUCCACAAAUUUAUAGAACUGAGAGACAAGCAGAUGAAUAAAGAAAUGGAGCUUUUACUAUCUACAGUUGUGGAUAGGUGUUCUAGUCAGAUCGAUGGUAAAAAAGCAUUACUUGAUAAAAUAGAGAGUCUUGAGUCUGAGAAAUCUGAGACAUCUGUCAUGAUGGUUGCUCUGAGGGAGAAACUGAAAUCGACAGAAGGGGAAGUAGUCAAGUUACAAGGAGUUGUCAGUGACAGUACGCAACUACAACAAAAGAUCACUCAGCUGGAAAGUUUACUGAAUGCACAGCAGACAGAGCUCAAUGAAAAUUUGUCAAAAAGCAGAAGUCUACAAAUGGAAGCACAACAAUUUAAGGAACAACUCAGGAAUAAAGCAAAAGAAGUAGAGGAACUAACAUCACAGUUUCGACAACGUGAUCAGGACAAUGAAAUGAACAACAAAAAAUUACAAAAUCAUCUGAGACAAAAGGAGGCAGAAUUACAAGCUAGAAUAAAGGAAUUGAAGACCAUGGAAAAUAAACUUCAUGCAGAACAGGCAAAGGGUGAGGAAUUUCACCAGAAGGCCACACGCACUGUCACUGCAAGUAGAGAAAUCAAGCAAGAUCUUGAAAAGGCAAAAGAAGAAAUAGAUCAAUUGAAAUCUGAAAGAGAAAUAAUGAUCACUUCACAUCAAAACAGAAUAGAACAGUUGAGGAAUAGUUUUCGACAGAAAAUCGCAGAAUCAGAGGGAUGGCCAGAGAAGUUAAAAGAGGCUAUCCGGAAGGAGAAAGAGAAUCAUGCAAAGGCCCUGAGACAGAUGGAGGAUCACUUAAAAGAAGACUUUGUCUUGGAAAUGAAAAUAGAAAAGCAGAAAUAUCAAGAAUUAUUGGAGAAAUAUCAGAGUUGUAAUAAGGACCAUGAGACUGUGCUGAAGCAACAGCUUAAUUCACUAGAAAACAAAUAUAGAUCAGAAAUCAGAGAGCUGCAACAGAUUCUCACAGAUUCAAAACUCAGAGCAAAAGAUACAGAGGAGUCUCUCAGGAAGGAAGUGGGGAGUCUGAAAUUAAUCAUCAAGGACCUAGAGGAUCGACUGGCCCGUCUGGAUUCAGGAAAUGAAGAAAUGAUACAAAAAUUGAAGAAACAACUACAGGAAACUCAUGAGGAUUUAGAACAAUCUAAGCAAGAACUUUGGAAUAAGGAGGAACAGGUUCAAGCAGUGAAACAAGAGGUUGUAUUCCUUCAAGACACUGUGAGAAAAGAAUGUGAAGAGAGGUUUGAACUUACAGAAAAAUUAAGUGAAGCAAGAGAAGAAUUACUACAACUUAAGAAACCAUCAGGUGGGUACAGUUCACAGAGUUCUAGUCGUCAUUCAACAAUAAAAAGCAGUGACUCUGUUUCCUCUGAUACCACCCCUGGGACCACUGUUUCUCCCCCACAGUCAAGGGAGACUGAGCCCAAGUCUCUUCAGGAAAUAGACAACAAACUUUUUUCCACUUCCCCUAAAGGUCCAGUUCGUGAGUACACAGUGAGCAGCAGUAGUACGGUAUCUUACCAAGGGGAACAGGCUAAAGCCACAGGAAAGUUCAAAGGAAGCACACUAGAGACAACCAGGAGACGAAUUGCAGCCAUGUUAGGGAGGAAAAAUUGAUAGUCAUUGUAUAAAUGGAUUGAUGUAUAUUUUAUCAUAUGUAUUUAAUUUAUUAGCUUGCCUGAAUGCCAAUGCCAUGCCCAGUAUCAAAUAUUGCAUAGACAGGAAGUUACUUAAAUGAUUCAUAUCUUAAAAAUACAUUUAACCCUACAUUCUAUUGAUGAACACAGCCAUUUCUGAUCUGGGUGUUGCAUAUAUAUGCUUGAUAUUUUCCCAAUGACGGGUGCUAUGUAAAGUUCUUGAAAUGGUUCAUUUCAAAGAAACUAUGAACUCUGACCCUGUAAGCAGUCUUAAACUUAAAGUUAGGUGAAUAUUCAAGACUUUUCUUAAUAUUUACGAUGGUUUCAAGAACUUGAUUCAAAGAUAUGUCUUAAAAGAAUACUUUGGUCCUACGACAGCUUCAUAAACAUGCCCAUAAAUUAUAGCUUUUGCUUCAGGUCCAUUUUUCAGUUACUGUAAUGUCUAUGUGGUUUAAACUUGCAUGGAUGAUGUGUCUGUGGAUGCAUGAUUCAGAUUCUGCAUAUGACCUAUAUAUUGUUGAUAAGUCACCAGGCUGUUGUUUCACAGUAGGUACAUUCUUCUGAGUAGUUCAAACUUGCAUGGAUGAUUUCUCUAUGAAAUCACACAUCAUCCAUUUAUAAUUCUUUAUCAGAUACUGCAUCAGACCAAUAUUAUCAGUUAUUCAGCUAUGCAUAAACUGUGACUUAUUUAUACUGCUGUAAUAAAUGUGAUUAAAAUUCUUAUAUUUAUUA